CUCGUACCCCGAUGCCGGCACCAACCCUCAUCACUAUUUCCAUAUCUUUCGCCAUCUUCAUAACUUGCUGGUUUUACUCUUAAACGAUGCGAACUGUCCUUAGCCGACUCGCGCUUGCAUCUCGAUCUUUAACGACCUCAGUAUCACCGCUCUCACUAUUCCAACGAAGCAACCCCUCCAUCAUCCGCAAGAUGUCGUCUAUCACUGAACCAGUUCUUAAGCAGCGUGUCAAGCUGUCUCUCAUUCAACUCGCUUCUGGCUCUGACAAGAAGGCCAACCUCGAUAGUGCAGCCUCACACGUAGCCCGAGCAGCUUCUUUGGGAGCAAAGAUUGUUGUUCUGCCAGAAUGCUUCAACUCGCCUUAUGGAACAGAUCACUUCCCUCAAUAUGCAGAGACUCUACAACCUAGUCCGCCGUCUAACGAUGCUGCGCCCUCUUAUCACGCCCUCUCAGCAAUGGCCGCUGAUAACAAAGUCUACCUCGUUGGUGGGUCAAUUCCAGAAUACAGCCCGGAUACGAAGAAGUAUUAUAACACAACUCUCAUCUUUGGGCCCGACGGUGCCUUGUUGGGUACACAUCGUAAGGUGCAUCUUUUUGAUAUCGACAUCCCUGGCAAAAUCACAUUCCGCGAGUCAGAUAUUCUCAGCCCUGGUAACAAGGUGACACUUGUUGAUCUUCCUGAGUACGGCAAGAUUGCUGUUGCUAUCUGCUACGACGUUCGCUUCCCUGAACUAGCCACCAUUGCAGCUCGAAAGGGUGCCUUUGCCCUUAUCUAUCCUGGCGCUUUCAACACCACAACCGGCCCUCUUCACUGGCAAUUGCUCGGUAGAGCUCGAGCUGCCGAUAACCAGCUCUAUGUAGCUCUCUGCAGUCCCGCACGCGCUGAAACGGGCUAUCCUGCUUACGGCCACAGUCUUGUCGCCGACCCAAUGGCGCAGGUUCAGGUUGAAGCAGACGAGAAGGAGACCACUGUCGACUGGGAACUCGACCCUGAGAAGAUUACCGAAGCGAGGAAGAACAUCCCAUUGAACACUCAACGAAGGUUUGAUGUAUACCCUGAUGUAAGCGAGGGAAAGGUUCAGUUUGAGGAGCCUUGAGAGUCUCGAGACUGCUACCCCUUUGAGCGGCAUAUAACAGCUAAGAUCGAAAUGCAUCACGGGACAAUGACGUAGGAUAUAUUGAGCGAGGGACCAAAAUCCUUUAUUUCAUGACUCAAUUUGCAGUAAAACGCCAGAGUCUUUUCCUUUUUGGAACACAUAUAUACCUUUGCGUCCGUGUUAAUCUAUGUGUGACCACCUUGGUCAUUUCUUUUUUAUCUCCGUUGAUCCCUAUCCUGCGUAAACUCAUAAAAGUAGCCAGCCAUCCUACUCAAAGAUCCUCGACAUGGUACACGGCCUUACUCAAGAGCCUUCUGGGCGAACUUGGGAAGGACGAAGCUGGCCUUGUGAAUCUCAGCAGAGUAGUAUCGGCACUUGGCGUCCUCCUCCUCCUUGGUCCAGGAUCGGAGAGGGGUCUUGACAUCGGCCUUGGGGUCCUUGGAGCAGACCAUGAAGCCAAUCUGACCGGAGGGGUAGGUAGGGAUGGUGGUGUAGGCGUACUCGGCGACGGGGAAGAUAGCCUGGCAAUCCUUCUUGAGGCGGGUGAUGAGGGGGAGGUGAAGCCAGGGGCUCUCGGCUGUAAGCAAGUUAACGAGAACAGCAGAACUGAACGGACGAACGCGGCACACGUUAAUCAACAAACGAAAUGCAUGCUAUCGCGGGACUACCGGAAGCAGAGCUGGGAAAGCAGCACUAGCUUCUGGGAGCCCCUAGGAGGGAAGCGGCACCAAAAUGUACCCAUCGAGGGAGAUCCCAGCCACAGCGAUCAACUUUGAUCUGGGAGGGUUCCCCGAUUCUGCCGUUCCUAGGGACGCCAGUUACUCUCCUCAAGAAAAUAGGGAACAUACAACCUUGAGUAGUAAUGACACCGCCCUCGCGGAGAGCGUCGUGGAGGAGCUGGAAGUAGCUCUUCUGGAAGAGAGCCUCGGCGGGACCAUCGGGAUCGGAGGAGUCGGUGAUGAUGACGUCGAACUCGUUCUUGUAGUCGUUGAGGAACUUGAAGCCAUCGCCAAUGUGGGUCUUGGACUUGGGGUGGUCGAAACCGCAGGCCAUGGAGGGGAGGUGCUCCUUGGAGAGGCGGACAACAGCCUCGUCGAUGUCGCAGAGGGUGGCCUCCUCAACACAGUCGUGCUUGACGAUCUCACGGAGAACACCACCGUCACCACCACCAAUGACAAGAACCUUCUUGGGGUUGGGGUGGGAGUUGAGGGCGAGGUGGGCGAUCAUCUCCUGGUAGGAGAACUCGUCACGCUCGGUGCACUGGAUAACGUUGUCGAGGACCAGAACGUUGCCGAAGUCGGUGGACUUGAAGAUGAGGACAUCCUGGUACUUGCUCUUCUCGUGGACGAGGACCUUCUCGACGCGGAGGGUCAUGGCAUGGCCUAUUUGGUAGGGUAAGAAUUGAAAGCCGUUAUCUGAAAGGAUUGUAUGUGCCUACCGGGCCACAUGUCCGAGAUCUCUCGGAACCAGCCAUCUGAAGAGAAUGUUAGCUUUUGCCGACAA